UGAAAACAGGGACAUGUGAGAGGAAGGAGGAGGAAGAGGAGGAGAGACACAGACAUACAGCCGCUGCUAGAGGAAGGCCGGGCCCUGCCACCAGGAGAUCUGCUGCACCUGAAACCAGUCAUGGAGACAUUUAGUGAGCUGAGCCUGAAGGAGGUUGAUCUCAGACAAUUGGAAGAUGAAGGAAGUCAUGAAGAUCCCCUUCUCGAGGACUGCUGGGAUUUUUCUGUUGCUGUUGCAGGAGGACCAGGUGUUGGGAAGACUGUUUUAAUACAGGCUCUUCUGGGCUUCAAUGAGAAUGGCCAACAUUCGAGAGCAGCUUUUUUGAAUCCUAAAAAGCCUGAUGGCCCUUUACUGUACCUUCAUCCAUUGCAUCCUGGUCUAACCUUCUGGGAGCUACCACUGGACGAUGGUUCUCCUGAGAAGUGGAUAUCCGAGGCGGACCUUCUCCUCCUGGUUACUGAUGCCCAGUUCACACAAGUUCAUGUUGAUUUGGCCAGUAGUGCCCUUAUUCAGGCUAAGAAACUCUGUUUGGUGCGCUCAAAGGUGGACUGUGACCUGCACACCCUGAAAAGAAGGAUGAAGGAAGACUACUCCAGGGUAGAAGUGUUGUCGGCAUUGCGUACCGUCCUCCUUGAGCCAUUUAAUGAUAUGGCAAAGAAGGAAGCCUUAUCGCUUUUCCUGAUGUCUGGAUUUGAACCAUAUAAAUUGGAUGGGCCAGCACUGAAGGCCAAAAUAGAGAAGACAUCACAGGAACUUGGCAGAGCCUUGUGCCUUGAACAACAGGGUUAUGAAGUGAUCGACUAUGAAGAAAUUGCCGAAUUACAGUCUGCACUAGAAAGAGGAGGGAUAUCGGAGAUGGUCAGAUUCAUCCAGAGCAGCUUGGACUCUCUUUUGGACACCCGCUUCGAUCUGGCAUUAAUGGGGGGUAACCCUGGCUUUCGUCACUCUAUCUUGAAUUCACUUCGCGGAUUAAAGGAUGGAGAGGAUGGUUCGGCCCAUGGUGGAAAUCCAGAAAACCCAAUUGAGUAUGCCUGUCUUAAAUACCCUAAAGCCAGCUUGUGGGACCUCCCAGGAAUGGAAAGUCUGGAGUCUCAGCCAAAAAAGUAUAUGGAGAGCGUGCACAUGAGCCGAUAUGACUUCACUAUGCUGUUCCUCACACCAUGGCAGGAGGCCUCGAGUAGUUACAGAUCUCUUGUACAUGAGCUACAGAAGGAGGGGAAGAAGAGUGUCUUUAUCCAAGACUUUGAAGAUGAUGAGAUGCCACCAGAACCACGAGAAGAUGAAGUAUUUGUUCUAUCUCCUACUAAACUUCCAGGGACAGAAAUUCAUAGGUUAUUGGGUUAUCUAGAGAAGAAACUGUCCAGUCGCAAAUUGCGAGCAUUCAUGCUCUCCCUUCCAAAUCUCUCUGCUGAAGUAAUCUUAAAGAAAAAGGAAGCACUUUCUCAAGAGGUCUGGAAGGUGGCCCUUCUCUCGAGCUUGGUGGCUAGUGUACCUGUCCCUGGAGUUGCCAUAGCAUGUGACCUUUCCUUACUCACUGCCCGUCUGGACACUUAUCGCCAAGAACUUGGACUGGAUGCUGACUCUCUGGACAACCUUUCCCAUAAGUCGGGAGUUCCGGUUCCCCAGCUAAUGUUAGAGAUCCAGAGCCCCGCUGGGAAGGGGGUGACACGUCAGUUGGUUCAGAAAAUGCUAGGAUCCGCUACUGGAAUCGGGUUGGAGGUGGCAGGAGUUUUCUUACAUCGAUUUCCUCUUCUAGGUCCCUUGGCCACAGGGGGGAUUGCUUUUCAUGCUAGCUACUUAGUGCUGAGCAGAUGUUUAGAAGCGAUGGCGGAGGAUGCACAGAGAGUCCUAUCCAGAGCACAAUCACCUCCUAAGACCAUAAGUUACUGAGAUGGCAGCUCAUGCAUACAAUAAAUAUUACUGCUCACUACUUUUGGCAUCUUUCAUAGCUGUAAGUUGUGUGGAAGGUUCUUGAGAAACCAACAGAAAAAACUCCUUUCUUGCAAAACAGUAUACAGUACUUUAUAAAGACCCUAAUUCUUGAGGUCCUGUUUGACUUUCUGAACCCUGAAUUCCAGAUUAUUUUAUUUUCACUGCAAGCUGUAUACUCAGUAGCAGCAAAGCAAGAUAUUGCAGCUUUGCAUGAAUGCAACAUCGCUGCAGUAUACAGAACAAGUGAACGUGGUCUGUUGUAUGGACUGUUGUAAUCAUUGAAGAGACAGUAGCGCUUACUCAAGAGCCAUGGCUCCUUUAAACAGCUGAUCGGCAGGAGUACUAAGUCAAAACCCCCUUCAACGAUUCGAUAAUGUUAACCUAUCCUAAGGCCACCACUAGGGGGAACUCAUUACAUAUAGAUUAUACAGCCACCACUAGGGGAGCUCAGGAGGCUACUGCAUAGAGAUAUACACAGCCACCACUAGAGGGAGCUCAGGAGCUUACUGCG